GAACGCGUAUAAGAGUGUGUGCUGCCAUUAUUUUUUAGUUAAUCGAUCUUGAACUGUCUACUGUUGAUCGUGUUGUGUUUUUAGUGAAUUUUGAUUUGUAAGCCUACCUAAUUACUAAAUAAAAAUAGUUAAAAAAUUUGUCCUGCUAAGAAUACUGGUAACAAAAUGCAGAUUUUCGUUAAGACCUUGACUGGUAAAACCAUUACAUUGGAAGUUGAACCCUCUGAUACAAUCGAAAACGUAAAAGCCAAAAUCCAAGACAAAGAAGGCAUUCCGCCUGAUCAGCAGCGCCUGAUCUUCGCUGGAAAACAGUUGGAAGACGGUCGCACCCUCUCCGACUACAAUAUUCAAAAGGAAUCAACCCUUCACUUGGUGCUGCGUCUCCGUGGUGGCAUGCAGAUCUUCGUAAAAACUCUCACUGGGAAAACCAUCACACUUGAAGUGGAGCCUUCAGACACCAUUGAGAAUGUCAAAGCAAAAAUUCAGGACAAAGAAGGAAUUCCCCCAGACCAGCAGCGUUUGAUCUUUGCUGGCAAGCAAUUGGAAGAUGGCCGCACCUUGUCUGACUACAACAUCCAGAAGGAGUCUACUCUCCAUCUAGUUCUUCGUCUCCGUGGUGGCAUGCAGAUUUUUGUUAAGACCCUCACUGGAAAGACCAUCACCCUUGAAGUGGAACCUUCUGACACAAUUGAGAAUGUCAAAGCUAAAAUCCAAGACAAGGAAGGCAUCCCCCCAGACCAACAGCGUUUGAUCUUUGCUGGCAAGCAAUUGGAAGAUGGCCGCACCUUGUCUGACUACAACAUCCAGAAGGAGUCUACUCUCCAUCUAGUCCUUCGUCUUCGUGGUGGCAUGCAGAUCUUCGUUAAAACUCUUACUGGGAAAACUAUCACACUUGAAGUUGAGCCUUCUGACACCAUUGAGAAUGUCAAAGCUAAGAUUCAGGAUAAAGAGGGAAUUCCCCCAGACCAGCAGCGUUUGAUCUUUGCCGGAAAGCAGUUGGAAGAUGGUCGCACUCUCUCAGACUAUAACAUCCAGAAGGAAUCGACUCUUCAUUUGGUGUUGCGUCUGCGUGGUGGUAUGCAGAUAUUCGUCAAAACUCUCACUGGAAAAACCAUCACACUAGAAGUAGAACCAUCUGACACAAUAGAAAAUGUUAAAGCUAAAAUUCAGGACAAAGAGGGAAUUCCCCCAGACCAGCAGCGUUUGAUCUUUGCUGGCAAGCAAUUGGAAGAUGGCCGCACCUUGUCUGACUACAACAUCCAGAAGGAGUCUACUCUCCAUCUAGUUCUUCGUCUCCGUGGUGGCAUGCAGAUUUUUGUUAAGACCCUCACUGGAAAGACCAUCACCCUUGAAGUGGAACCUUCUGACACAAUUGAGAAUGUCAAAGCUAAAAUCCAAGACAAGGAAGGCAUCCCCCCAGACCAACAGCGUUUGAUCUUUGCUGGCAAGCAAUUGGAAGAUGGCCGCACCUUGUCUGACUACAACAUCCAGAAGGAGUCUACUCUCCAUCUAGUCCUUCGUCUUCGUGGUGGCAUGCAGAUCUUCGUUAAAACUCUUACUGGGAAAACUAUCACACUUGAAGUUGAGCCUUCUGACACCAUUGAGAAUGUCAAAGCUAAGAUUCAGGAUAAAGAGGGAAUUCCCCCAGACCAGCAGCGUUUGAUCUUUGCCGGAAAGCAGUUGGAAGAUGGUCGCACUCUCUCAGACUAUAACAUCCAAAAGGAAUCAACCCUUCACUUGGUGUUGCGUCUGCGUGGUGGUAUGCAGAUAUUCGUCAAAACUCUCACUGGAAAAACCAUCACACUAGAAGUAGAACCAUCUGACACAAUAGAAAAUGUCAAAGCUAAAAUUCAGGACAAAGAGGGAAUUCCCCCAGACCAGCAGCGUUUGAUCUUUGCUGGCAAGCAAUUGGAAGAUGGCCGCACCUUGUCUGACUAUAACAUCCAGAAGGAGUCUACUCUCCAUCUAGUCCUUCGUCUUCGUGGUGGCAUGCAGAUUUUUGUUAAGACCCUCACUGGAAAAACCAUCACACUUGAAGUGGAACCUUCUGACACCAUCGAGAAUGUUAAAGCUAAAAUUCAGGACAAAGAGGGAAUUCCCCCAGACCAGCAGCGUUUGAUCUUCGCUGGCAAGCAGUUGGAAGAUGGCCGCACUCUCUCAGACUAUAAUAUCCAAAAGGAGUCAACCCUUCACUUGGUGCUGCGCUUGCGUGGUGGCAUGCAGAUUUUUGUUAAGACCCUCACGGGAAAGACCAUCACCCUUGAAGUGGAACCUUCUGACACAAUUGAGAAUGUCAAAGCUAAAAUCCAAGACAAGGAAGGCAUCCCCCCAGACCAACAGCGUUUGAUCUUCGCUGGAAAGCAAUUGGAAGAUGGCCGUACCCUCUCUGACUAUAAUAUUCAGAAAGAAUCCACCUUGCACUUGGUACUCCGUCUUCGUGGUGGAAAUUAAUUACCUACAUAUUUUCAAAAAAUCUGAUUAUUGAUUAAUCUGAAUUAAAACUUCUGAUCUAUAUUAUUCUAACAUUGUUUAAAUUCCAGUAGAUUUUCUUGUAAUCAUUCCAGUUUCUAUAACUUGAUUUGGAUUUUAAUAAAAUAUCAUACAUA